AUGUUGCCCAAGGUCAACUCUCAUUGUCUGAUUCCCAUCGCCCAUUUGGACGCUAUCGAGAAAGAGAGUCUCCCUCCCUCAGCAUACUUUCACGGCGUCAUCCGUAACGAGAUCGGGGUCUUCGUCGUCUUCAACGCGGACUCUCCCGCUCUUUUUGAUAUCCCUCGCCCCCAUAAAGACUCUGAUGCAUGUCCGGCACUAUACUCGACGAGCUGGGCUAGCUAUUCCCGUGCUUAUCUAUGCUGUGGACCACGUCGCCCGAUCUUCGACGGGGACCUUCUUUCCGUUCUCGACAUCGACUCCCGCUCCCUUCCGACGAGCAAAACCACGUCCUCGAGUGGAUCACAAUGGAGUCUCUCAUCUGAUCUCGUUGAGAAGUGGAGCGGUCUAGAAGGGUUUCUGUGCAAGGUCGUUACUGCUUUACGGUCCGAGGUGCAGGGACUUGUCCCAGCUGGGAUCGUAUUGCAUGCGAAGCCUGCUGCUCAUGGUUACUUGAACACAUAUGACGUUGAAGAAGACCUUCUCAGAGCCGUAUAUCACUCAAGAGACGUGUUCACCCCUCUUCUCGCUGCUAUUGCACUCCAUUUCGUUGCUUUGGAUGGAUCCAACCAGAACACGUCGUGGAGAACGAGACUCAUCCAGCAGCUCAAUCUUCAGCACAGACUGUUGGACUCGUUGGAGGAGUUGGUUCAACGAUUCCUCCGGCAUCCAGCUGGAAUGAUCUUGGACCUUACUCUCCAAAGUGUCCAAGAUGCCGACUGGCUCUUUGGUCUCCUGAUCAACGGAACCGCCGUCAUCAACCCCCCAAUCUAUCUCUUCCUGGGCAAAGGCGAAGAAGCUGUGAAACUGGCAUCGCGUCUAGAGGUGUUCCCCUCCAUGCAGAACAUCCAAUUGAAUGUUCAGGCCUCGAUCCGCGCUUUGAAUCAAUCACCGCCGAACCCGGUAUCCGUCUUGAAAUACGUCUUCGCUCCGAGGAUCAUGAGACGAGACGGAGUCUUCAUUAACCCAGAGUACUACGAGACUUUGGAGAGACGCCGACAGCAGUUCCCACCAGUUGAGGCCCACAGUGGCCAGAAGGAGGGAGAGAGUUUCACCGAGUUCUUUGCUCGGCGCAAAGCGCGCAAGCUUGCGGAGGAAAGUCCGAAACAAUUGCAAACUCGCCUCCAACGCGAAAACGCUGCGAGAAGCCAAAAUUGCCCGGGCCGGAAAGGUGCCAGAGUUUUCAUGUGGGAACAGACCGAAGGGUUCUACAUCCGUCGACUGGUUCAACGCAAUUGCGUUGAAGACGAAUGGUCCGAUUUCGCUCCCUCACAGCGGGUGUACGAUUCCUUCUCCAACAAGUGGGAUCUUUGCUCGCCACUCGACCCCGUGGCUCGAGCCGAACCGAGCGACGACAACGACAACGACAACGACGACUUCGCCGACAUAUAUGGCAGGGAAGCUCCGCUUCAGGCGGGAGACUUCGAUGCCGAGAUGCCCGACGGACUUCCUCCUCAAGUGCAAUCCACGCUUGGGAAUACGACGGCUGUUCUCCAAAAUCUCGACACCUACCACAAGGAAAACCGCGAAGAUAUACAGCUUCUGAACGCACCUAUUGUGGAUGUCGCAGACCGGAACCCUGUCAGAGCCACCCUCGAGUACCGUGUCGGGUUCACCGGCGAGCCACGCGAGCCACGAGAUCUAGACGAGCUCAAGAGGCCAGAGCGCACGUUUGACGACUCUGAACUGAUGGAUGUCGGCUUGUGCCGCCGCUUUCUUGGGUAUGCGGGUUCUUCAAGGCCGCAGCCACUGAGCCAUGCGGCUCGAGCUCUGAUGCUUGCGCUCAAAGGCACUAAGCGUGUCAAUGACCUUCCGCCCGACCUCUUUGAUCUAGCAGACAAUGCACUGCAACUUAACGUCUGGAGCAAGAAAGGUGUCGAGCUAUUUGUAUGGCGGCGUUUGAGCGGUCCAGCUCAUUGUAUGUUCGUGUACGUGUUGCAUCCUGCCGAGGAAGGAUCCACCGGUCGGAAGCUGUACGUUUCAGAUGCCACCACCGCCAUUCAAGUCGCCCGACUUCGUUGUUCCACUUGGGCGGCACUCAUAUCUUGCCUGUUCGAUCUUGGGUGCGAGUUUCACAUCGUCACUGAAGCUUCCACGUUCGCAGCAUCGUCCUAUCGACCGGAUCAAUACCGGUGUCGCAGUCUCGGAGUCCGCCCAGAGGAUUACAAUCCAGAUGAGCAGGAUCGUCUCAUCUACUGGGACAUGAUGCGUUCGUUCCUUCUUUCCCCCCGUGGUCGACUUGCCCUCCAAGCAGGAGGGAUUAUCGCACGCCUAGCACGUCUGGUGAUCGAAGAUGCAGAGCUUGAGCUGAGAUCUCAUUUUGUCGAUGUCGGGACCGCCGAGGAACGCAUCGUGAAUGGUGGCACAUCGCUGUAUCAGCAUUGCUUAACUCAGGAAGAAGAAGAUCUAGUUCUGGGCGUUUACAGCAUCGAAAUGAACCAGCUGGAUCCCAAUGCUCGCAAUGGGCAUCAGGAGAAGCGCAUUUCGUGGUGGCCUCAAGCAGGAGCAUGGUAUUCGUCUGGUUUGAGUGUUGGCUGGUGGACGCCGGAUUGCGAGAGCUGGUUCCAAGGGAUUCUGGAUGAGAUGAAGACCAACAAGGCUGCCGUAAUCAACAACACCAACUGGAAGCAGCGAAUCCGUGGCUACAGCGCUGCGGGUAAACUUGCCAAGAACCUCGAAGCUGUUCACGCUGAUUUUAUUGCAACCUUACCGUACGAAGAUAUAUAG